CUCGACCGCGACGCGCACGUCGCGUACCUCACGCGAUCGUUGACGCACCUCGGGAGCGGAUUCGUCGUCCUAGACGCCUCCCGCGCGUGGCUGUGCUACUGGAUCGUCCACUCUCUCGCGCUCCUCUCCCAUCCCCUCGCUCCGUCGACCGCGUCCGACGUCGUCGAGUUCCUCGGGAAGUGCCAACGCCCCGGCGGCGGGUUCGGCGGCGGGCCGGGGCAGAUGCCGCACCUCGCGCCGACAUACGCGGCGGUGUGCUGCCUCGCGUCCAUCGCCACUCCGGAGGCGUUCGCGUGCGUGAAUCGAAAAUCGCUCCGGUCGUUCCUCGCGCGGUGCAAGGACGACGAGACGGGCGGGUACAGGAUGCACGAGGGCGGGGAGACGGACACGAGGGGGUGUUACACCGCCCUCGCGGUCGCGCACCUGUGCGGCGUCAUGGACGACGCGGUCACGGAGAACGUGAGCGCCUUUGUAGCGCGGUGUCAGGCGCGUUCUACGCACGAAGGCGGGAUCGCGGGAGAGCCGGGCGCGGAGGCGCACGGCGGGUACACGUUCUGCGGGCUCGCCGCCGCCGUGCUGUGCGACGGCGCGCGAGGGCUCGACCUCCCGGAGCUUCUGCACUGGCUGUGCAUGCGACAGGGCGCGGUCGAGGGGGGGUUCAACGGCCGCACGAAUAAGCUCGUGGACGGGUGUUAUUCGUUUUGGCAAGGGGGCGCGUUUCCGUUGUUAUCGCUGAGCGUCGACGCGGUGUUGCGAGCGAUGCCGCCGCCGUCGAAGAAGGGUGCGACUGCCACCAGAGAAGAAGAAGAAGAAGAAGAAGAAGAGAAAGAGAGAGGAUCUUCGUUGGGAAACAUCGCGGGCGUCCCCGCGUGCGCGCUGUUCCCCGCCGCCGCGUCCGAGGCGUUCUCUUCGUCUUCGUCGGAUGCCAAGACGACGAAGACGCGGACGCUAAACGCCUGGGACCCGACGACGCCGCCGUUCAACGCGCGAGCGCUGCAAGGGUGGCUGCUCCUGUGCUGCCAGGCACCGAACGGCGGGCUGCAGGAUAAGCCCGGGAAGGGGCGGGAUCACUACCACACGUGCUACUGCCUGUCCGGUUUGAGCGCCGCGCAGCAC